UAUCCUGGUUGUGUUAUGGCGGACGAAGAUGAAGUUGAUGUAUUGGGGGACUUUAAUUUGGAAAAUCUAUUUUCGAAAGACGAUGGUCGAUUAACAUCUUGUUACGAAGGAAGUGUUCUUGGUUCCCAAGGGGCGGAGCUGCUUCAGUGUGAUUAUGGCAUAACCCAACAUUGGUUACUUGAAGCUGCAACACAACCAUGUUGGGAUUCAGGAUCGGAUGAUAAAAAAACGAUGCAUACAGAUGAUAGGCAGCAGUUCGGGUUUUCAACUACAGAUCCGUCAACUCCUUCAAACUGGACACAUGACAGCUGGAGUGACAAAGAAAAGUCAUUAUUAGAAAAUGGAUUGGAUUUAUUUGGACAUAGCUGGGUUCGUCUGUCACAGUUUAUUGGCACUAAAUCAUCACAUCAGGUGAAAACUUACGUACGUUCACACCUCCAUCGUUUUGGUGGUCUGGCAAAUGAUAAAUAUGCCCAGACAUCAUUCUCAAGUGAAUCAGGCCAUUGCAGUACUGGUAUAUUAGGCUUUACUGAAUUGAUCGAUGAUAUGCAGAUUCCAGCAUCCAUGGAGGAGGUGAUAGCAGUUGUGAGCACUGCUCAACCAACUGUGCCAUCAGUACCCAGGUGGAAUGUUGUAACUAAUUCAACAGUAUCACAAUGUAGCACUGCAGCGAACAGUGGUGAAUUCAGAAGGAGGUUGAAUGUCCAUAAUGAUUCAAUUAAAGGAAAAAGUCGAAGGGGCAGAUCUCAAGUCCUUUCUAAGUUGCAUGUCACUAAGAGGUCUUCCAAAGUGAAUCACCGUUCAGGUAGAAAACAAGGAUUUCAUUCUAAUGUACAUAGCUCAAAUACCAAGAUUUGCCAUGUGGGAAAGUUGAAACAACAGAUUGAUGUUGGUGGGAGAGACUUUGGCCAAGAGGAUUCUUCAAGUGUCGCUUCCAACUGCCAAGUUAGCGUAGUAUUAUCAGCUGGAGAGGAGGUGGUGCGUAUUCAAAAAGAGAGAAGUCAUGAUUCAGAUGAAGAUGAUGAGAUUGAAAUUGAAGAAUGUGCAAAUGAUGUGAAUGUGCUUUGCCCAGUGAAUGAUGAUUCUGCAGUAAUUAAAAAUAUAGAUAUAGUGGCCAGUAGAACUCCUCAGGCCUCACUGAGUGCAAACAAAAUCUCUUUAUCUGAAAUUCAGAAAGACCAUUCACAUAAAAUGGAUAUUAACAACAGUUUGUCUGAUGAUUCCACCUGUAAUAUGAAAAUUGAAUCUAAAAAAGAAGGAUUAUAUGGUGAAGAUAUUGAUGUAUCUGAAGACCAGCAAGAAAAUACCCAUGGUCUUGUAUUAGUGUCUAAUACAAAGAACUUACAGGAAGAUUUGAAAGAGGGGUUGAGUGAAUUAUCUUUUGUCAAAGAUAGUAAUGAGGAAAGAGAAACUGAGAAGGGAACUACAUAUUCAUUAGCCAUGAGCCAUCAGGAUAUCCUGGAAAGUAUAUUCAAUUUGCCACCACCAAAUGAAGAAUUAAUACUUGAUGUCGGAACUAUCACAGAAGAGGAGAAAGUUAUACAUUCAGAGUUCUUUGAAGGAAGAGUGGCAAAAACACCAAAACGGUAUCUGAAAAUACGAAACCACAUCCUGGAAUGCUGGCAACAUAGCCGACCUACGUACGUUACUAAAACUUCUGUGAGAACGGGAUUGAAGAACUGUGGUGAUGUCAAUUGUAUUGGUCGUAUCCAUGCCUACCUUGAACAGAUCGGAGCAAUCAAUUUUGGUUGUGAGCAAACUCGCUACACACGACCUUUGUACCUGAUGUCUAAUGCUGGGGGCUGUGAGAGUGUAGUGGCUUCCGCUGGUGGCAGUGGGAGAGAGAGAGUGAGCAAGGAACAGCUGGCAGCUCAGCAUCAGGCCCGAAUUGAUGCUAUGCGACCACGCAAAAAGAAACACAUCCAGGAUUCUUGGUUUCCUGUGAGUGGUGAAGGAGGUUAUACAAUAACUCAUAGUGAAGAUGGCGAGGCUAUUCAUACAACUUUUGUUAUGCCAGACUCUCAUAAAAAUACCAGCAAAGUUCAUAUGUCUAAACCAAAACCAAUAAAACUCAUUUAUUGCAACAGGUUCACAGAGUCUAAGCCAGCUCCAUAUUCAGUAGAACUUCACAUAGAGCCACUGCUUAUUAUGGAUAUCCAUGCUCAUUCGUCACACUCAGAAGUUAUUGGUUUGCUGGGAGGCAGUUAUGACCCCAAACGCCUCGUGCUUCAGAUAUGGCGUGCCGUGGCAUGUCGAAGUAGUAGCAGUGGUAUUCAUUGUGAUAUGUGCCCAGUAUCUCAGACUGAAGCUAGUGAGAGACUCCAUGAUGAAGGUUUAGAGGUUGUUGGCUGGUAUCAUUCACAUCCUACGUUUUCUCCAAAUCCUUCACUUCAAGACUUAGACACUCAAGGUCACAUGCAGGAGUGGUUUGCUAAAACAGCUUCAGCGCCUCUUGUCGGCUUCAUACUGUCUCCAUACUGCCCCGAAAAUAGGACAUCGGCAUCUGAAUAUAGGUGUCUCAUAGUUGAACCAAAUGAUGAGCUCACCAAUAUUCCAUAUCGGUUAACAGUGAAUGUUAUAUCAGAUGAACUCAAUACCAGUAUGCUUCUGCGCAGAAUGGAUGCCAUAAUUGCAUUGCAUGAAGAGAGUUCAGAAGCAACAGUAAAUUUCAACACGGAGUUCAGCUCUGAACCGCCUCUCACAUACCUGGAAAAGUGUGUAGAAAGUACUAGACAACAUCUGAAGUCCUGUAUUCCAUUCCUUCCAAAAGAAGUUGAAGAGUGGAUACUGAGAAGUGUGUUACAAGUUUGCAAUACUUUGGUCGUGUUAAAGCAGACAAAGAGUGAAUUAAUUGCGGAAAAACAUGGAUAACUUGUUAUGAGGCAAGUUAUAAGUUCAGUUAUAGUUUCCUUCGUCCAAGGAGUCCUACCAACUGUCUAAUAGAUCAAAGCCAACGAAAAAGUUGGGACCCACAGUGCUCAGACACUUGAAGAAUGGGUCGUCCAAGUAUCCAAGUAAUAUUAUAGUUUCUGUCUCAUGCACGUGUGCAGGUACCUCAAGGCAUACUAGCGUGGCAUAGCACCCCAUUUAAAAAUUAGUGCUUUAGAGAAUAAUGCAUCUCAUGUUAACUUCGAAGAGGUAUAAUUCAGAUUCUGAGGGCAGUUCUGUGGUGUUAUGGUAAAGAGGCAAAUACAUUGUGAUACAUUGUUACCAAAAUAAGCCAAAACGCUACAAUUCCAAGAUUUGUGUGUGAAGAGUCGCAAGGAUACUGAUGGAAGAGCACAAAGCAGCCCAUAGUCAAUUUCUCUGGAACUGUUCAACUGCUGCACAGCUGAUGAUGAGAAUUUUCUGUUAAUUAUCACAGGUUAUGAUUGAACACAAGUGACAGUCUUGAGGAAUAGCACCAUAAGACUGCCACCGUGAAAUACGAAAUUCAGAAAAUAUCUAUUUGAUGGUAGGGCAUGCCAUCUGUUUUGGGUCAAGAGGGUUUCCUGGUUGUGAACUUUUGUACAUCAACUGGUUUAACAUUAGUAAAAAUGAUCUGCAUUUGACAGGGUCUUCAUAGAAAAGUAAGGGCCGUUUCACAGUCGACCAGUCGCUGAACGGCUACUAGGUAGAAAAGCUAAGUACAAGCUUACACACGAGGGCGACCACGACCAACACGCAGUGAGCGACGCACGGGAGACCAACGACCACGAGAUACAUAGAUGGCAAUCACAUAUUCACAUUGUGGGCGACUCAGU